UAAUCAGCAAAGUUUCUCUAUACCAGCUGUACUUCGUGUACCUGCAUUUGUUUUCGAGAUGUCUGACCUAUGAGCGCCUCAAAUGGUAAUUUUCAGGAUAUUACACAUCAGAGAUGGGCGGAGAGCUGAAGAUCUUCGGUAUUUCUCCCAGGCUGACAAGCUCACAAUGACAGAGUCCGGCCGAUAGAGCAACAUGACAUAUUCUGGAUAUUUUUUAUGGAUUUUCUUCUCCUCAUGGGGAAUAACUGUAGGCAGUGUUAGGACUCUACCUCAUGUGAUGAAGUACCAAACAGUGCUACCUCAGAGGCUAAAGGAUUCAUCUGCCAUUAAUGAUGAUCAUACACACCAGACAUACCCUGAUGUACUCCAGUACUCUUUGAUUAUUGAGGAGCAAAACCACACACUGUACCUGGAAAAGAACAAAGGUCUUGUGGGGAAUAACUUUUCUGUGACACACUACUCUGAUCAGGGAGCCCCAGUCACAACCACUCCAGAUCUUGGGGUUCACUGCUACUACCAUGGCCACAUCGUGGGAGUGGAGGACUCCUCUGCCAGCGUGGGAGUCUGCUCAGGAAUCAAGGGGUUUGUGCGUCUCCAGGAUCAAAUGUACCUUAUUGAACCUCUGGCCAGCGCCAAGGCGGGACAGCGGGAGGACAUUCAGAGCUCUGAAGCUCACAGUGACGAGGGUGUUCAUGCUGUUUACAACUACAAACACCUGAGGAGGAAAAGGAGCUCCUGUUCCCAUGGAAACACGACCACUUUCUAUGAUCAUGGAGCUCGUCCGUCUGGACUGUUCCUGCUCGGUGCUCUGAAAAGCAGAGCUCAGACCAAAGACCGUACUGGAAAAUCCCGAACAGUGGAGCUGGUCGUUGUGGUCGACCACACAGAGUAUAAGAAGUUUGGCAGUAAGAAGACAGUAGAAGACAGAGUGCUUGAAAUAGCAAACCACGUGGACAAGCUGUAUCGCCCUGUGGGAGUUCGUGUGAUGCUGGUCGGUCUGGAUAUCUGGUCAUACAAAGACCAGAUAGAAGUCAGCUCUAACCCUGAGGUCACCCUUGGCCGCUUCCUUGAGUGGCGUCAGCGUAGCCUGCUGCCGAGGACCAAACACGACAACGCACAGUUCAUCACAGGUGUGGAUUUCGAUGGUUCCACUGUCGGCUUAGCCAACACCAAUGCAAUGUGCACCUCUAACUCUGGAGCUGUUAAUGAGGACCAUAAUGCUAACUCAAUAGGAGUGGCAUCUACUAUUGCACAUGAGAUGGGUCAUAAUCUGGGCUUGUCCCAUGACACUGAAAACUGUGUCUGUGGCUCCUUAACAACAAAAAAAGGCUGCAUCAUGUCUGAGAGUGUUGGCCUUGUGUAUCCAGAGCUGUUCAGCAGCUGCAGUCAGCAGCAGCUCAGCAGGUUCUUGGAGGAGGUCAACCCUGCGUGUCUGCUGAAUACUCCCUCUACCAAUCGCAUUUACGGAGGGCCAGUGUGUGGAAAUGCUUUCCUGGAGCCUGGAGAGGAGUGUGACUGUGGCACUCCAAAGGAAUGUAAGAAUCCCUGCUGCAAUGCUACUACCUGUAAACUUAAUUCAGGGGCCCAGUGUGCAGAGGGAGAGUGCUGCCACAACUGCCAACUGAAAGCGACAGGCAGCGUCUGCCGACCAAAGACAGGGGACUGUGAUCUGGCAGAAUAUUGCACUGGCUUCUCCGCCUCCUGCCCAGCUGACGCCUACACCCAAAACGGCCUCCCCUGCAACCGUGGAAAAGGAUACUGCUACAAUGGACAGUGUCCUUCGCGGCAGGGGCACUGCAAGAGACUGUGGGGACCAGAUGCUGAAGUUGCUGUAGAUGCUUGUUUUACCCAGUACGGAAACUGCAGGAAGACACUGUUUAGUCAGAGAUGUUCAAGCCGAGAUCAAUCCUGUGGGACACUUUUCUGCUCCGGAGGCUGGGAGUUUCCAGUGACAUCCAGGAAGUCUUUCUACAAAGUAAGAAAUGGAGACAUAUGCAAUGAGGCUGCUAUGAACCCCGAAGAUAACUACCCUGCAGACCUGGGCAUGGUGCCUACCGGUACCAAAUGUGGCUACAACAUGGUGUGCUACAAUCAACGGUGUCAAGAUAUCAAAAACAUAAACGUGUACGGAACAAGCGGCUGCUCUGCCAAAUGCAACAACCAUGGGGUUUGCAACCAUGAAAGCAAGUGCCACUGCGACCCUGGCUGGGCCCCACCUUUCUGUGAUGUGCUGCAGUCAGAGCUGAAUGAAGAGACAGGUCUCCUGGUGCGUAUUGUGUCACUGGUGGUUGGCUUACUACUGCUGUUGGUCCUGGUUAUUGGGAGCAUGAUGUGCUACAUCAAAAAAAGGAAACCUGUCAAGAGAUGCCUCCAAUCUACCUCGGGACAAUCCAACCCGUUGUUUAGGUCAAGCAGCACACGAGGCAGCCCUCGUCUCGGCUCCACACAGAUCAGCCGGCCUAUAUUUGUGGAGUCUUCAUCCUCCCAAGCCUGUAAACCUCUGUCCUCUUCUCCUGCCAGACCACAUACUGGGGCACUGAAGCCCAGCAGGGCAGCUCCAGAGCCACCUAAGAAAUUCCCAGCUGUACCUCAGCCAUCAAAGAUUCAACAGACUAUAAGGCCGUUCAUGCAGACGUCUACUGUUUCAAGCAAGACAAUCUAUACUGAGAAUAAGCCAGUACCUCCAUCCAGACCUCUGCCACCACUUACAACAAAACUGAUCAUGAAGCCAAAGCCUCCGAUGCCUCCAGUGAAGCCAAAGUCCUCUGCAGUCCCGUCUCCACUGCCACACUCUCAGCUGCUUUCAGGGAGAGCUGCUCUGAUGCCCCCCAGCAGGCCCAGAUGACAUAGGGAAUAAUUCAGCCUGGUGUAAACACUGAGAUCCUCUGACAGAGGACACUGUUGUUGUCCCACCUAGAAGGACCAAUAAAUCCUCUUAGGGGACGCUUGAAACAAGAUCCACUGGAAGAUCAGCAACAAUAAGUGACAGAGUUUUUCUUGUCAAUUAUGGCCUCCCCGAAGAUUACCGCCGUCUGUGUCUUGCUUAUGUAAGCCUUCAGUAUGUUGAUGAAAACCUGAAGCCAUGAUCAACAGACUCAACGUCUGUGCUUUAUUAUAGACAAAUGGCUAUGCUGCCAUGAUGGGGUUUUUGUUUGUUUGUUUGUUUUUUUCAAGGGAAAUAUCUCUCUGCCUUGAUCCUUGGAUAUGUGAACCCUUUAUGAGGAAAUUGUACUGUCAAUUUUGUAACUGUUUUACUAACCGUUCAUCUUCCCUCACAUGGUUUUGGUACUGAGAAAAACUGUUAUUAAGGGAUUUUAAAAUGAUGCACCAAUGUGGGCACUUUAAAGAUUUUUAAAUGAAAGCCAUACAGCAAAUGUUCUCACUUUUUUGACUUUUUUAACCUAUAGGUAUGCUUGACUUUGUGAGAGUGAAUUAUCACAAGCAGCUCUUAUACAUGUUGAUUAUAAUUCUUCAAGGGAUUUUAUGUCGCAUAUUCUAUGCAGCGGACAUAAUUGUUAUUUCCUUAUGGUGAGGAUUUUGCGUUGAUUUGUCAUGUAAGUUUUGAAUUGAAAAAUGUAUCUUGUAAAUUUUUUUUUAUUUUUAUUAUCUUUUUUUGUCUGUAAAAUGAGCUUACAAUAAAAAUAAAUUGCAGCAACCAA